AUGUUCAGCCCCCGAUUGCUCCUGACCCUCGCGGCAACCGCACUCCUAGCCGUCCACGCACAAAACAUCGACGACAAUGACAUUCCCAACCAAUGUCGUGACACUUGUCGACCAGUGAAACGUCUCUCGGACGGCUGCCGCAAGAACAACAAUGGAAACGAUGACUUCAGCAACCCCGGCUUUGCCCAGUGUGUGUGCAACUCUCCAACGUCAAAGGAUGAUAUUGUCACCUGCAACAAUUGCGUCAUCCAGAACCUCAACUAUUUCACCAACGCCAACGGCAACAGACAGAACUGUGAGUCAACGACACAAAGAGGUUCAACGUACCUUGAGCCGCUAACUUAGUCCUCCAGACGUCGGCCAAUGGUACACGAACUGCGGCUACGCCAAUGGCGGUGGCUAUGGCGGCAACGGCUUUGGUGGUACCGUAGGCAAUGGUGUGGGUUACUACACCGGUACUGCGGCAUCGGCUGUAGCUCCAGCGGCAUAUUUCGGUGCUGGUACGGUCUGCCUGAUUGCGGCGAUCGUGUUGUAG